ACACACACACAUAUAUGAGAGAGAGAGAGAGAGAGAAUGCGGCGCGUUAGGUCACAACUCGCUGUAUACGAUACCUCUGAGCAACUCGGCGAGCUGAAUGCAAUAUAUUAGUAAGAGCCGAAAACUCGGCUACAUCCAAAUUUUAUUUACACACAUUUGCCACAUGGCAUCGAGACGACAAAAUCCGAACAAAAUGGACUUGCCAAAAUAAAUUCCGAUUACGCUAACUAUUAUUCAAUCUUUCUUUUCUUUUUUUUAACUUACCUAACUAUUCAAAAUCAAUGUUUUAACUCUGAUAAAUUUGGAUGUGACAAAUCUUUUCUGACGAAAAAUUGUUUUUUUUCCCCGGAUAUGUAUUUUUGAAUUACAUUUACACGUUGCAAUACAUACGGGUUGAAUUACAUUACAAUAUUAGUAAGUCAAAAUUGUCUUUAAUCGCGUAGUUUCCGCGCGUAUUCGCGCUUUUUCGUUGCAUUCGCUUCUCGCCAUGCGAGAGCUGCGCGCUUGCGCGGAAGAGCCUAACCUUAGCCGGUGUAUAUCAUGGCGGUGCACGAAGUACUCGUCGAGUUGCGGUUUUUAUACAGUGGUUCCUGACGUUUAUAGUCUUUCCUCCCAGCGUGUACGUACGUCCACGACUUCUGGAAUUUGUCUUUAAGGUAUCCAAGAGAGGUCUGCUUAAGUCUCCUUUGCAGCUGCUUAUUCUGGUGAUAUGUGACACACACAUGGUAUACGUGUUUGUUGUGUUUGACGUGUCAUAGGGAUAGUUUGACAUUACCCUGAACAUUUUUUCUGUGGUACGAUGACACAAACCCGAAUAGAUCAGUUCUAUAAAAUUACAAAUAGCAGUAGUAAGUCUCAAAGUGUGAGAGACAAUAUUAAGAAGUCAUUCAAUUUCAGAAGCCCAGUGAUUAAUAAGACAAAAAGAGAAAGAGUGUUAAGCAAGAUGAGAACUUCUUUAAAUCAAAAAAGGCCAAACAAAAUGACAACUGACAAACAAAGUCCCAGUAAAAUAAUUGAGAAACAAAAAGUGGUAGAAGAUAUUUCAUUAGACAGCAAGGCAUCUUCGUCCAAUGCCAAUAACAAUCCAACAAAAAUUAUGGAAAAUCAAAUGGCAGCAUCAUCAAUUGUUACACAUACUUCUCCUAUUAGAAGUCAACCACGUACUCCCGUGUCCCAUAGUGGUGCCAAGUUUAUACCAAAGACUUCAUCCCCGAUAAAAGAUGCAUUAGACAGGUCGCCAGGGCGUGCCAAAUUAGCAUGCAGGAAAUUAUUCAAAGACAGAACAGAGGAAUUGCUGUCUAUGAUGAUAAAUAAUCUAAAUUUAGCCAAGGAGGGCGCCAUCAUUAACAAUAACAUAAAUCUGGAGAAGAUUUAUUCGAGCAAGACAUUUAACUACACAUACAAUUCUAUAGACACUACGGCUUCAAUGAGAUAUGAAAUUGACGAUGUAGUUAGGCCUACAGAUAUGUACUCGUUACAUUUUUUCCUGGUCAUUGUUACCGUAUUCUCCAAUCCAGUCAAUUGCGGGUAUUUUGAUCAGGAUGAGCUGGAUUUAGUAUUCUCGUUAAUCACUCUUCAAAAGAAUGCUCAAGCACUACUAAUACGUAUGCUCAAAAGAAAGCCCAUGUGGCACAGAAUAAGCACCAUUAAGUAUGAUAAAAUAUCCAGCGACUUGAAGCCCAUCUUCGACGAGCUUGUAUCGCGAUCUAUUUUUAAAAGUAAUACGGAAGAGGAAGACAUAUCUGUAUUAUUGAACUUGUUGCAAGCCGAUGAGAUUCGCAAGCUUUGUCAAGAAUCAAAGAUCAAUGUUAGUGGAAAAAAGGGUGGUAUACGAGCGAUUUUGACAUUCUGUCGCAAAUCGAAAUCAUUGUUUCCUGGAAUGACGACUCCUGCCACUAAAUUACGUGCGUCGGUUAACAAACGUUUAGGAGAUUGCGUAUCACUGAAUGCCAGAAUGAAAGAAUUGAUCAAUAGGAUAAUUACAUUGCUAAUACCUAAUCGAGAUCCCACUGAGACGUUAGCGGACGUAUUCCGAACGCUAUUGAAAGUUGAGACAGAUCAAAUAAAAUUUCCAAAAGCAACCCUAAGUGACUUCCCUAUCUUUGCUAAUAAGAAACAUCUGUUAGAUUAUAUUGAAGCUAAAAAUACAUUAAGUAAUGUGUUAAGUGCAAUCGAGAAUAAACAAUGGGACACUGUACGGAAUCUCGGAAUUUUAGCCGCGCAAUGUUUGCCGCCGGUCUUAGAAGUAGAAUCGGAAUGUCUUCGCGAUUCUAGUUUGCCUCAUCACAUCAGGCACUUUAUGCCAGGUUACAUGUGGCUCAAAGUUCUAUCCAAAAGUAUUGACGCAUUUAAAAAGACUGAGGAAAUGAUGCCCUUAGCGGUAAAAUUUUUACAAAUGUUAAUAGAUCAAAAUUGUCAUAUGAAACAUAGAAAAGGUCAAUGGUACCUUGAGUUAAUCAAGAUAGAAAUGUAUCACAAGAAAGAUUUGGAAGCUAGUGUCGCGUUACUAUCGAACGCGGUUAUGUACAAUAGCUUGACAGAAGUGAAUAAAUUAGACUUACUGAAUAAAGCAGAGAUAAUUGUUAAGAGAAAAUCUGGCAUUAAUAAACGUACAAAAGAAAUUGUUAAACAUAUAUUAGACAAUGUAUUCCUCAGAAUAAAACUCACAUCCCCGAAUAACACUAUAAUAAAAGGAACAUUAUCCAGAAAUACUUCACAAAGGAAAAGCAAUUGGUGCAUCAGUACCGUCACGGAUCAACAAGUGUAUGGCUCGGUGGAAAGUCUAGCAUUGUAUCGCUACAAACGCGAGGGAUACAUUAGGGGCAUACAUUGCGAGGGUGCUUUUCCUAUUACUUUAUUCGCUACAUUAUUUUGGGACGAGAUUUAUAACAUAAACGUUCCCGGCGCUUGGGUAUCAUUGUAUCAGGAAGCGCCAUUGGAUUUGUAUUCGUCGGAAUUUUACGAAAACAGGAAGGAACGAAUCGAUAUAAAGCUGCAAAUUAUUCGAAAAUUUAAUUCGGAAACGUUGAGCAGACAUUUGAAGCAUGAAUUCGAAUCAUAUUGUGAAUACACAUCUCUUAUUCAGGACAGUAUUUUCAAGGACAGUAACUAUUUCCAGGAAGUAGUAUUUUGCUUAGGAGUGGAGGGUGUUAUUGGAAUAUGCGAACGGCUUAUUUACAAUUUUUCACUCUGGAAAGCUGGUUUUCCUGAUUUAAUUGUAUGGAAUGCAAAUACAAAACAGUACAAAAUUGUGGAAGUAAAAGGUCCAAGUGAUACAUUGUCCACUAAACAAAAAUUAUGGUUAGAUUACUUGAACCGGCUUGGACUAAAUGUAGAAGUGUGCUAUUGUGAGUCAAACGCAAGUCAAGGACGUAAACGGAAGCAUGAGGAAACUGUGAUAUAAAAGUUUUCCACAAAAAAGAUUAUAUCACACCGCAUGUAUAAAAAAGAUAUAAAUAUUAUAUUUUAUACUGUUGCGAUAUUGCAAUAUCUAUAUUUAUAUUUGCAGAUUUUUUAUUUUUAAGCUGUAAAAACUUAAACUAUUUCAACUAAUUCUUUGCAUGAUAA